AGGAGUGGCCCUAGAAAAGACCAAAAAAAAAAAAAAGAAAAAAAGAAAUGCAAGCAUUUUGAACUUGGAGGAGAUAAGAAGAGAAAGGGCCAAGUGAUCCAGUUCUAAGCUUUGAGAAUCUUUUUUUUAUCCUAUUUUUAAGAGGAAAGUCUUGAAGCCAUAGGGAAAAAAACGCCUGUAUGAGAAUAAAUACAGUGAUAUCCUUAAAAAAUAAAAAAACCAACUGCACUAGCAUUCAGCCUAAAGCAUCAGAGUUCAGCGGCCCUGCCAAAGAGAUGACUGAUAGGCACAAUAGGAGGGGAAUUAGGCCCUUGGUUUGCUGAAUGACUUGACAAAUUAGGAAGAGGAACCCUGUCUUCUAUCAGUUUGUUCUAUAAAGUAGGGUCUUACUAUCAAACAUACAAAAUUUUAAAAAAAGAACCAAAGAAAAUCCUUUCCUCUCAGAUUCUUCCUAUCUGAUAAAGAGACAAAGACUACAUAUCCUUCCUCUUAGAAUCAGAGUCAAGGCAGGCAACCCUGAUAGGCCAUUGAUGAUGUCAUCCUGGUCCCCACAUCUUAAGCGCUUGUCUGAUUGGCUGGGGCAGCAGGUUCCCCUUUCCGCUCUUCCUCCCACUCCCACACACUGCACAGAAGCUUUUUCCAGUGAGACUAGAUAAGCCGGUGAACAGCAAUAACUACUUCCUUUCAGGCACCCAGAUAUUACACACGUCCUGAAUAUAUAUAGUCAGAACUGCCAACACUUCAACCUAACACAGGUUAGCAGCCAACACAAGCUCAUGAAUUGAUUUCACAAUAAGGAAAUGGUGUUAGUUAUGAACAAACUGAUGUUUAUACAGCUAGACAAACAGUUGUGGCAUAAAGUUGGGUGAGGGGGUCUACUUAUUUGAUGUAUUUGAAAGCCAUCCAUUGUGUUAGGUUUUAUUUAUUUAUUACAAGGACCUAGCUCCUAAUAGACUCUACCGAGUAGAUUCUUUUAAUUUUAAUUCCAAGUAAGGAGACACUUUGGCAUCACAAUGGUGGGCAGAGCCCUGCACUGAGGAGCCAGAAGAUCUGGUUUCAAGCUCCAGCUCUGCCAUUAAUUGUGUUUGUGGACAAAUCGCCGAACCAUUCCAUUUUCGAACAUUCCGGAUGUUUAUGCUUUGUUCAAAAUUCAUAAUCACAGGCUGUACCACUACCCUCUCAACCGCUUUGCAUAUUCAUGGUCAGGAGAGUAGAGGAUAAUAGGUGUAAUGAGGGGCCAAAGAUAUUGUCUUUAUGCAGGAAGGGUGGCACCAUCAUUCACCAACCACUUUGCCACCUAUCACUGAAAUAUUUCCCUUUUAGUUUCCAGAAAGAAACUAAUCUUGCAGGAAAAAAUUCUUAGCAAACGUAGCCUGGGUAACUAUCUGUUCUUCCUUUCCCACACAUCUCCUCUUCUCCAUUCCCCCAUCACCUGCCUAUUUCAGGUGCCCUGAGCCGCCACAUGGACUAGUGCAACAGGUUCCUAACUGGUCCUAUCACCCCAGUCUUCCUCCUCCCUAGUCAUCCUCCCCUGCUAUCAGGUGACAACAAUUCCUGUUGAAUCGCUUUAAUCAUGGCACUCCCCCCAUAAAAUAUCCCCCCCACCCCCUGCAGCUACCCUUGCAUGCUAAGUGAAGUCUAAAAUCCUUCACCUGGCCCUCCAAGAUCACAUUCCGAGCUGCUAUUCUGGCUGUAGCUCCCAUUUACAGCCGGAGCCACACCUUAUGCUCCAGUCACGCUGCAUGCCUUCCCACCUCUGUGCCUUUGCUCGUGGCAUUGCCUGCCAUAUUUUUCUCCCCAUCUUUGCCAGAAAACUCCUACUCAUUCACCCAAGACCAAUCGGAUGAUUUUUCUCCCCUGUGACAUCUUCAAGAACCUCCUCCUCCCUCCUCCGGAGAAGCAUGAAUUUCUACAGCACUUUAUCUUUGACAAUCGCAUGCUACAGACACACCAGUCAUAUUCUAUUGCUCUGUAAGCUCUGGGGCACAGGGACCAUGCCCCUUGCCUUGUCCCCAGCAUCAUGCACACAGUGGGCAUUUAAUGAAUACAAAGAGAAAGGGCAUGGGAACUGGGGUCAGAAGGCCAGGUGGGUGUCCGCUCUGUCCCUGAUGUGUGAUGUGGCCAAUCAGAGCCCAACUCUGCAUCCGUAAAAUGGGCAUAAUACUUCCUGCACUGUGGACAGGAGUUGUAAAAAUCCAACGAUGCACACACACACACACACAAUGGUAACUAAGUAGAGGUGAUAUGUUAAUUAGCUUGAUUUGGGUGAUCAUUUCACGUGUAUACAUAUAUCAACACAUUUUAGGUUGUACACCUUAAACAUGUACCAUUUUCUUUUUGGCUGCAGCGUGCAGCGGCUUGGUGUGACACCUCAGUUCCCAGACCCGGGACUGAACCUGGGCCACAGCGGUGAGAGUGGGGAGUUUUAACCACUAGACCACCAGGGAACUCCCAAACAUGUACAGUUUUUAUAUGUCGAUGAUAACUCAAUAAAGCUGUGAAAAAUCCAGUGAUAUGCAGUCAGCCCUCCACAUCUGUAGGUUCCACAACCGUGGAUUGAAAAUACUCAGAAAAAAAAUUCGAGAAAGUUCCAAAAAGCAAAACUUGAAUUUGCUGCAGUCAACCAUGAUUUACAUAAUAUUUACAUUACAUUUACAAUUCUUUGCAUAAUAUUUACAUUGUAACUAGGUACUAUAUAUAAGGAAUCCAGAGCUGAUUUAAAGUAUACAGGAGGAUGUUCACAGGUUAUAUGCAAAUACCUACUGCAUUUGAUCUGACAGACGUGAACAUUUGGGGAUUCCGGUGUUGGUGGGGGGAGGGGCGGUGUCCUGGAACCAAGUCUCCCCACCCCCUGCCCCCCCAUACCGAGGGAUGACUGUAUAUAUUCUAGAAGGUUAGCAGCAAAGCCACAGUACUUGAACCAGCCUUUGAAGUCCUGCCUCCCUCCCCUUGGCACACAUUCCAAAGAAAGAUUUCCAACCUACUCGGUGGAAAAUAGAGUAAGUGGGGGAAAAUUAAGUCGUUAAAACUCAGAGAACUGUUUACAGACUGCAGGCCAGAUGUUGCUGAGGGCAAGGGGGCUGAGCAGGAACGUGAGCCUUGAUAGAAAUGCCUCAGGAUCUCAGUACCCUCCCUUCCCCAAGAAGAGCAGGCAACUCUAUUCCCAGGCAGAGGUGAAGGCAGGCCUGGAGGACUCAGAGAUAAGGAAGAUUCCAUCGGGCUGGUCAGCUGCCAGGUGAGAUAUCCAGCUCUGGCCUCCCAGAGCCAAAGGCAAAAGCCUUUGACGCUUAGCUUCCCAGGCCAUUGCACCUGGUCAAGACGGUGGGCUGUUUCUCUGAGCUCAGGCCAUUCUUUGGGGUUGGCACGGUGCCCACCGGAUGAGGAACACAGAAACAUCUCAACCUGAAAGUCCAUCACUACCACCUCAUUCUUUAAGGCUUUGUUUCCAGUUAAAAAUGCAAAUAUCUCUGAGGUCUGAGGAAGCUUUAAGACUCAUCCAGGGAGUUCCUGUCGUGGCUCAGGGGUAACGAACCCCACUGGUGUCCAUGAGGACGUGGGUUCCAUCCCUGGCCUCGCUCAGUGGGUCAAGGAUCCGGUGUUGCCUGGAGUGGCGGUGUAGGUCGGCCGUGGCUCGGAUCCAACAUUGCUGUGGCUGUGGUGUAGUCCCGUAGCUCCAGUUCCAGGAGCCCUAGCCUGGGAACUUACAUAUGCCGUGAGGGUAGCCCUAAAAAAGGAAAAAACCAAAACAACAACAAAAACACAAACUCAUCCAGUUGUGUUACAUCUUUAGAUGUUUUCCUAAGAGGCAGCUGUUGCGGGAGAAGGUGUUAAAAGCCCAAAGAAGGAGGCCAGCGGGCAGCGAGGGAUGGGUUGUCUGCAGUUUGGGGAGGGGAAGCUGCAGCCUCUGUUGGACCCUAAAGGCAAGCUUCUUGGGAGGAGAGCAGGACUCCGUGGCUUUUUUGUCGCCAUGGAUUGGGCUCUCUGCCCCUUAUACUAAGUACGUUCUUCUGGGGGCUUUGGUCACACAGAAUUCCAUACACGCACCUUCAGAAGGGUCACUCUCCUGAGCCAGCCAAGGCAACAUGUCCAAAUGGGUGGACUGUGGGAUGGAUUAGGAGCUAACCAUCCGGAGAUCUCCUCACUCCUUCCCCCCCAAUCUCCAUGGGCCCCUUUCCACCUCCUCGCCCCUCCCACCCAGUCGGCCUCUCUGGGCCAGAGCUGCGCCCUCACCAAACCGCUCCUGGCGGGGCAGGAACCGCAAGAGAAGGGUGUUCAGUGAGCCACAGGCAAGAAGAGCCAUUUUAGUCUUCACAGCUGGGGGCCCGGAGACAUCUGUUCCAUGGUCAGGAUGCUAUGACACCGUGGUCCACCCUGAAGAGUUCACAAGAAUUGUGGCUUCUCCAGUGUUUCUUCGCUUGAUCACAUUCUCACCAGAAGUUGAGAAAACUGAGAGGCACAGUCUGUGGAAACUGCACCCUCUAAAACACACUCAACAAAUGUAAGCUAUUGUCUUAAUUCUCCUGAUAGUGUCUGUUCCUCUGACCGUCGGACCUGGGUCCGGCCAAUGCUAGCCCCGGGCAAGAUCCCAGGCUGUGUUUUGCUCCACUUCUGGCAAAAUCUUCCCUUUCGCCCUCGAAGGUUUCCUGCGGAUACCAUGACGGUCACGGUGGUGUAUGAUAACUCCGAGGCCACCGAGCUCUGUGCGGCUCAGCACCUCUACCUCAAGCCCAUAGCAAAGCUGAUGAUCAGCGUCCUGCUCCCGGAGAGCACGGAACCCGUGAGGCCCUUCUCCAACUGGGAGGUCCUUGACCAGCUGAAGAGCCUGAUUUGCCCCGACCAGUUCACCACCGUCCGGCUCUCCAAGAGCACCAAGGACUUCAUCCGCUUUGAGGGGGAGGCCGAAACGCGAAGUUUGGUUCAGAUCCUGAAGGCCAAGUUACACGGGAAGCUCAUCAAGCUAAACGGGCUGAAAACAGACCUGAGAGUCGUGGCCACAGAUGCCCAGGGAGAGUGGGAACACUUCCCCAAGGAAAGGGGGGCCCCGUCGGCUGAUGGGCCCGAGGAGCAGGACCAGGAUAAGAGCCCGGAUUCUAUAUACUUUGAAGGCCUACCCUGCAAGUGGUUUGCACCUAAAGGUUCCAGCGGGGAGAAGCCAUGCGAGGAGAUCCUUCGGGUGGUCUUUGAAAGUUUUGGGAAGAUCAAGAAUGUGGACAUUCCGAUGCUCGACCCCUACCGAGAAGUCAUGACCGGUGGGAGCUUUGGGGGGCUCAGCUUCGGCUUGCAGACGUUCGAGGCCUUUAUACAGUACCAGGAGUCCACGGACUUCGUAAAGGCCAUGGAGUCCCUGCGAGGGAUGAAGCUGAUGCUUAAAGGGGAUGAUGGGAAGGCUCUGGCGUGUAACAUCAAGGUUAUGUUCGAUACAACCAAACACUUCAGCGAAGGCGCUAUAAGGAGGCGGAAUCAAGAAAGGCUGAAAUUACAGGAGCUGGAGGAAGAAAGGAAAAAAGAAAAGAAGAGAGAAGAGGAAGAGGCUGAAAGAAAAAGAAGAGAGGAGGAGAGGAAAGCCCAGGAAAAGAGGAAAAAGGCCAGGGUCAGGAGGCGUGCCCUGAAGGAGAGACACCGGCAAAGGAAACAGAAGGACCCCACCAGAGGCGAGGCACCUCUGGAGGCCGCCGCCCCGGCGGAGCACUGGGAGGAGACGAAGGACCUGCUGGCUUGGAGGCGGGUGGAGGCCCUCCGGCUGCUGCGGGCGCUCCUGAGGAAGAUUGCAGCGGCGCUCUGUCCGGGUUCUCCGGUUUGGGAGCCCAUGUGGUUUCAUCCACAGGUGGUAGAUAUUGCAGGCUCCGGAGCUGACCGUGCUGCAGGGACCACAUCGGGAGGUGCGACGAAAGAAGAGUUAAACACACAGUAUCUUCAAAACCAGGAGGAGGUGCCAGGAUACCAGGUUUCCAAGUCCGACACCAAACGAAGACAAAAAAUGAAGAAAAGAGGAAGGGCUCACCAGCGUAAAUCUUCCCCCCAUCAUAGGGGGAAAAAGUUAAGAUAUUCAGCUAGAAAAGAGAGACCUGGAAAGUUAUUAUCCAAUGACCACAACCACAGUUUGGUCCCCGACCCGAAGGCCUCACCAAUUGCAAUGAUUCAGGGUCCGUCUCUUGAGAAAGAAGACCCCCAUGGUUCUGAUAAGUCCUGUUCUCCCGGAUUAUCCGAGAGAGACCGUGGCAGGAAACAGAAGAUCUAUGAAACCGACGAAUUUAUUGAUUAUCUUCUAAACUAUUACCAAACUCCAAAAUAUGCCCGUAUCUGCCUAGAGCCCCGUCACACAACAAGCACGUGUCAGUGGCAGAGGGCUGUCCGUGUUAAAGGAAAUGGCUUUCAAAUCAGUCUGAGAAAACGGAAGUGUCCCUCAACCAGUGUGAGCCAAAGGCAAAGCCUGGGCAGCAGCGAACAGGUGCAAGAAGAUGAUCCCUGGCCAAAGACGUGGCUUCCAGAUCCUGGGCAGAGACCCCAAGAGAGAGGGCACGUGGAUUACGCUGCGGAACGGACUCAGGACUUUCAGUAUCUCUGCAAGGACAUGGCCAGGGAAGCUGGUGAUCAGCUGUCCCCACCAGACGGAAGGAGCCAUCUGUUGGAAAAGACGCACGCUCACCAGGUCAGAGACUCCAGAUCCCCAAGUCCGAGCCAGGUUUCUUCGCCCAGCAGGUCGGCAGACUUCGAUUUGGUGCUGACAGAUUUCUUAGAGGAAAUCAGCAGUGAUUCUGAAUGCUUCAGCGAAAUCCUUAGCGAAAACCAAGAGGAGAAGGAGAAGUCUGUGGCCACGGAGGAUAGCUCCCCGGAGCAGGGGUCGCUUGAUGCAGAUGAAGGCACCCCUUGUGAUCCAGAAAUGAGGUCAAGUCCGCAGCCCUUGUACGCACAGUGGAAAGAUGAUGGGGAGAAAAGACACUCUCCGUACAAGCUCAGGAAACCGGGCAAGAGGUCUCAGUAUGAACCGAGAUGUUCAUGGCUUGAGGAUGAAAACGAGUCCAUGACCGAUGAGAAGGGCAACAGCAGAAAGAGGGGAGUACCAGCCCCCAGGUACUUGUUUGAUAAAGGCUACUGCCACGAAUCCCGUCCCGGCGCACAAUUCGACAACAUGGCCAGAAAGAGGAGGCGGUUGACUGACGGUACCUUUGACUAUAGGCCCUUUCGUGUGCCAAUGACAUCAUCCAAAAGGGCUAAUGCUUCCUACCUGAUGGAUUUUCCCAAAAGAAGAGAGACUCUGCGGAAGUCAGAAUAUACCCAGGAAGCAAGAAGGUUUGAGAGACACGACAAUUCCGAAGAGGUCACGCUGAAUUCUGUCAAUUAUUAUGUUCGACAGAAAAGUCAGGAGCACAUGGACUAUGGAAGCUGCUUUGGAAACAACUACACUAGUUCUUUCUAUUUUCCAAUGUUUUGAGGGUCUCUUAGGCCAGGAUACCCUUAUUCACGGUGAAAAGAUUUGCAAGAAGAAAAUGUAAAACCAAACGUAGCCAUGUAGAUAGAUAGCAGCCACAGAGCAAGAGAGCAACUCUUAGGAGCUUUGCGCAAGGUCAAAUGCAAAACCCUGUUGGUCUUGCCAAAGGAUAGAUCAAAGCGACUGCAGGUGUGUUGGCAGGCUUUGGAAACGCACAACAUCCCGAUCCUGAAGCUUAGUAAAACAAUGUGCUUACAAAACCUCUUUAUUCAAGAACAGGCAUUUCUAUAGUUCGAGGGCAACUCUAAUUGGGUGCCGGCAAAGGAGCAACUUAACAUGGAGAGGAGUUAAGAUAGCCUUCUGUGGCUCUGUAGCUGUCAUAACGUUAUCAUUUAGCAUCAUUUAUCUUCCAAGGGGAUGGCAAUGAAAGAAUAAGAGUCUUUUCGCUUGUUCUUUGAUUUGGUCAGAGCGCCAUGUUCAGCAACCAACUUUUCCUGACUUUGGUCUGUCUAAAAAUUCUUAUAGAUAAAAGAAGAGAGACGACAGCUAGAACAUAAAACGGACUUCUUCAUGACAUUAGAGGGUUUCAUGAGCACCCACCCGAAGGACAUUAAUCUUGUGAAUAUGUUCAUAGGACUCAAAGGGUUGUCCUUUUAGAAACAAAGCCUUAGAAGGAGAAUCUGAAAGGGGCUCCGAUUGCCCUGUGAGGCUGAAAUAGGUAGUGAACCAUCUGCAGAGUUGUUUUUUGGGGAGAACCCCCUGUCAUUCCAUCCUAGAAAAGCAACAGGAUUGAGGUGAUACAGCAUGGGAUUUGCAAAAGGAAAUAUCGAACCAUGCUGGGGCACCCAUAAUGGCACUCGCUUGGGAAGAGAGGGCGUGACAGUAUUCCAUUUCAGGUUAUGUAAUCUUUUCACUCAGGGUUGGGUGACAUCAGUUUGUAAAAAGCCACUGAAUAUCCCCAAACUGACUUUUAUAAAACAGUAACAAGUGCCUCAUCAAUCCUCAAUGCCAUGGAGUUAGGAAGAGUCAAGGGCAAAGCCCAUAGUUUUCUAGCUGGGGAAAAAUUGUAUGUGUGCAGGAUUUGUAAACUCUUAACAUAAGCAAUUUAUCUUUUUACCUACCGGUUUUGGACCUCUUGAAUAUGUUUUUAAAUUGAGAUAUUUUAUAGAUUCGUAGAGACUCACGUCUUAAUGCAGCGCACGUUCUGUGGAAAGCUCGGCUGAUUUCAUUCUGCCUUAUGUUGGAUUUCGGACUUCAGGGGGCAGUAGAUGGCUUUUCUCUUCCAACCAAGCGUUAGCUGACGUGGCAAUUGAUGACAUCAGUAAGAUCAGACCGCCUGCAGCAGGGAAAGGUGAUUUUAAUCCACCGAAGUAGUGGAAGGCAACAUUUUCACAUGACAUGAGUCAUUUCAAACAGUCUUGAUGGUCUGGAAAAGUACCAGCUGAUAAAGCCAAGGCAAGCGCAGAAUGACGAGGCGACCUGGUAUCUGAAGCGGCUAUAAAAUCUUCAAAUUAAUCUCAAGUAAGAGUUGUUUUGUUGAUCUCUUCUAAUCACACGGGCUAGAGGUCCGCCAGCACAGGCAAAAGUUCGGAAAUGAAUGUUACAUAGCAGAUAAAGUUUAUUAUUCACAUGAUGAUAACCAAUGACUGAUCUUUAUUCGGUUCUACUUGCAAGCCAGUGACUCUGCCAUCCAAACCAGGCUGGGCUUCUGUCAAAUCUGAAAAAAUCGCUCCUAGGAUGAGUGCCUUUUCUCCUCUGAGGACUAGUAAUGACUCUUAAUGUUCAGUGUACUGUUGUCCGGAGUAGCCUUUUAAACUACCAACAGCUUGUAUUUUUGUCAGAUAACUUUUGGUAACCAGGUAUUAUUCUCCUCCAAUGAGACCCCACCUCCUUAUUUUUUCAUGUUUUUGUGCCCUUGAAACAAAGAACGUAAUGGGUUUGUAAUGGAAAGCAGCUAUGCUUGCUUUGGGGAAAAAAAAAAAAAUCUCAAUCUCUUCUGUCACUUCAUUUUUCUUUGCAGAGAUGUUAGGCAUGAAAACGGUUUGCUGCUCAGUAACCAGACAUUAAAAAAAGAAAUUGCAGAAUACAGCAUGUAUAAUUAAAAGUUAUUUUGUAUAAUAGAACUGGUGCUAAGUCACUUCCAUAUAAUAUUUUUGUCUUGUUUGGUUUGCUAAACACCAUCCUGUGACCUAGAAGAAAGCGAAAAUACUGGUUUUAUGUUUACUUUCCGUACAACCUUGGAUGUUUAUGUCUUGUGGUAAAUGCAUUCUAGAUUUGAGUAAACCUCUUUUUUUUUUGGUGUAUGUAAGCCUUGAACGAAGAAGAGAACAACUUAUGCCGAACUUUUCGAAUAAGCGGCUUGGUAAGGGACGAGAUAGAAUGGAAGAUGCUGUAAUCCCUUUCUGAUAACAUUGUUAUUCUUCGUUGUGCUGUUAUUUAAGUGGUGCAGAAGUAUUUUCUCCCAUUGUCUUUUGAUGUCCAACUAAGUAAGGGCCUGAACUUUAAACUGUGUCUUUUUCAAUAGAUGUUUUCAUGUUUCCCCUUGUAUGUGCUGCAAUAGUGCUCUAAGAAAGCUAAAAAAAUCUGUCAAUGUGUUUUUGUUCAAUUUGCUUGAAUUUCUCAGGUAGAAAGCCAUAUCACCUGGUCAUUUUGAAAAUAAGAACCAAAUAAAUGUAUUUGUAUUUGUUGCAAGACCAUGCGAAAUGUUAACUUUUAAAUAAAUGCUGAUAAUUCCACUUUGGUGUGGGGGGGGUUUCUACCCGCAGUAUAUGCUGCUUUGCUCUAACGUUGCUGAUCCUUUUUCUCGUUUGCAUUGUUAGGGAAAUAAUACAUAUUUGAUUUUCAAAUAUAUUAAAAAUAAAAUUGUCAUAG